GAAUAGACGAAUAGCUCGAAAGGGAGGGUGGAAAAUCAUUGGAUAGGCCCAGGUCAUUGAAAGAUUUCCACGACUUGACUGGGUUCACGCCACGCAAUUCAGUUAGUUCAUCGCGAGCCAUCGAACCGAAUCCAUUCGCAUUUGGUGUGUGGUGUCCGAAAAUUGUUGGGCUUUCUUGAAAACAAUCUCAUCGACUUCGGGGUGGGAAGAAAAGGUGAAAAUUUUCUCAAUUGUAUUCUUUCAUUUUUCGAAAGUGUAGUUUCGUUUUUGUGGUCAAAGAAAAACCCGAAUCAGAAGAGGAAAAAGUGAACACAAAGGAUGACAAGUGACAAGAUGUGAAAGUGAUAGUUGUUUUUCUGCGUAGCUGAAAAACGCAGCGUCUCGAAGCAGAGAAUUCGGAAAGGGGCUGAUAUUUUCGAUUGUAAAUCGAAUUAAGAAAAGAGGAAUAAAAACUGCUCGAAUUGGGAUAGGCACUUGUGUCUAGCAGCCAAGGAACGUGGGAAAACUGCCUGGCGGAAGGCGAAAAUAGGUGCAGCAGCAACAAAACAUGGCUGACCGUGACUACAUCGGGUUCGCAUCGCUCGCCGAACAGGUGCACCGGAAGUCGGUGAAGCGAGGUUUCGAGUUCACGCUGAUGGUGUGCGGCGAAAGUGGUUUGGGCAAAUCCACCCUGAUCAAUAGCCUGUUUCUGACGGACCUCUACAAACACCGCUCGGUUCCCUAUGCCGAGGAACGGAUAGACAAAACGACCAAAAUCGAUAAGAAGACGCUGGAAAUCGAAGAAAAGGGCGUGAAGUUGAGGCUUACUGUGGUUGAUACGCCGGGUUUUGGGGAUUCGAUCAAUUGCGAGGAUAGUUGGCGGGUUUGUACCCAGUACAUCGACGAACAGUUCCGGCAGUACUUCACCGACGAGAGUGGGUUGAAUAGGCGGAAUAUUCAGGACAAUCGAGUCCACUGUUUGCUGUACUUCAUUCCUCCCUGGGGCCAUGGCCUCCGCCAAAUGGACGCCGAUCUGAUGCGGCGGAUGCACAAAAAAGUCAACAUCGUAGUGGUGAUAGGCAAGGCCGAUACCCUGACGACGGCCGAAGUUCAACGACUGAAAGCAAGGGUUCUGGAGGACAUCGAAUCCAAUGGAAUCCAAAUCUACCAGUUUCCGGAUAUUGAUUCGGACGAAGAUGAAGACUUCAAACAACAGGAUCGGGACCUCAAGGCUAGCAUUCCGUUUGCCGUGGUGGGUAGCAACAUAGUCCUGGAAGUGGCAGGGAAGAAAAUUCGAGGCCGUCAGUAUCCCUGGGGAGUGGUUGAUGCGGAAAAUCCUCAACACAGCGACCUCAUUAAGCUGCGGACGAUGCUGAUAUCGACGCACAUGCAGGAUCUGAAGGACACGACCCGGGAUGUGCACUACGAGAACUUCCGGGCCCAAUGUAUUUCGCAGAUUUCACAGCAUGCGCUUCGGGAGCGAAAUAAGCUGAAGAGGGAAUCCAUUGCUUCGAGUCACGAGACCGCUCCCAAUGCGGCAAAUAAUAUCAACGAUACCGAUCGGUUACUGCAGCAGAAGGAGGAAGAGAUUCGACGAAUGCAGGACAUGCUGGCCCAGAUGCAGGAAAAGCUGAAAUCAACUUCCAUGAACGAUACCGCCGUUAUCGAUGUUUAGUGCGAAUUGAUGCUCACAGAUUUGGUCAUCGUCUACCGGAAAGAAGCGAGAAGAAAAGUAACGUAACGCGCAACGCAACUUUUAGGUGGAUUAAUUUCGCAGCAGCAUUAACGACAGGUUUUUUCAUCGAAACACAUUUUCACGAAAAUGCGGUUAGACACCAUGAAAACAAAAACCUACAAAAAAAACUCACAUUACAUUACACACCGUAAGCCAUUUGUCGUUCGUUAGAUUGUAGUCACAACACACACAAGUUAAUCGAGGGAAUUCGAUCGGAUUUCCUAAUUUUGAGCCCAGUGAAUUAUUAAAUAGUGUUAAAUGUACAUGAUAGAAAAUCAAAAAAAAAAAAAGUAAUGUGGAUCAAUUCCACGACUAACAAACUCGAGACCAUUCCCAGUUGAUUCUUUUCAGUCGCUCUCUUUUUUUCACCCUCUCCUCCGAUAAAGUUAAGUCGUCUUUUUGAAAUGUUAUUUCAAAAUCCGGCAAAACAUCUUAACAAAACCACAAUUUAUCGAUGUCUAACGUAUGAAUUUGGGUAAAUAGUUAAUAUCUGUAAUAACCAACUGAUAUAAUCCAUUCAAGAUUAAUUGCAAACUCCGCAUUGAAUUACUCACUAAGGACUCAAGUUAGAAAAAAUAAAGACAAACAACCAACUUACAUUAAACCUACCAAAGAACGAACAAUCAAGCGACAUAUAAGUAGAAAAAAGAGAGGAAAAAAGAACCACCAAAUAACAUGUGCAAUAAGCAGCUACGAUAAGACAGUCUUCUUUUGAUCUUUGAAAAAAUCUAUAACCAAAACUGAAACCGAGAACUGAAAUCGCCCUUAUUUCCAAACCCACUCUAAAGUACAGUUCAACCAAAAAUUUUGUCUCGAAUGUUAGUUUCCUGAUGGUUUAUAGUGUUUUGAAGCCAGGAGAGAACUAAGGAAAAGAAAAGCUAUAUAAAUAUGUUAUGCUUAAAUUUGUUUUCUUUCGUUUUAAGAUUUAGAUUUUUUUUACUACUACAAUUUACAAAUAUUUAUCGACCGAGAGACUUUCUAUACAUACAAUUACACCUUAGCCUAUUUAUUCUAUUCUUGCUUUCGACUUUCGUCGGAAGUCAAAACCCUAAAAAUUGAACAGAACAUAGAGCACACAAAGCGAGGAAGAUUUUAAUUUGAACCCCUAAAUGAAUCGUAUAAAAUGUAUGGAAUGAGAGGCUGUUUCCCGAAGAAAUCUCUGCCACACUACUAGCGAAUAUUGUACGAUGGUACAGAGAUUGAGAAGAUAAAAUAAAAAAAAAAUAAAUAAACGCAGCUCCUUCAACAUUAAUAGUAUCUAGUAGUAUUAUUAUUAUUGAAAAUGACCCAUGGAUACCAAGAGGCAAAAAAUAUGAUAAAAUAUGACAUGAUUCGAAGAAUUCAA